UAAAUUUUUUGUUUCGGAUCCACUCCACGGGCAAGUUUGUGAAUGGGAAGUUGGGAACGCCUUCUUAUUAUGCAGAUCUCCCAGCGCAUAGACAGGUUGACUUCUUCAUACACCUUUUGGCCGCCCGAGUAACCGGCGUGUAUAUAAGUGGGGUCGUCAGCCAAGUUUUUCUAACCUUGCUUGUGGCACUCGGCGAGGAUGUCUUCUUCUGCAGCACCUUCAGAUUCUGACACCGCUGUCAAUGAGCGUACCGCUCUUCUCGAUGGACACCAAGGCCAGAAAAAGGUCACCCCUUUGCCAAAGCUUCAGAUUGCAAUUUUGUUGCUGGCACUGCUGGUCGAGCCAAUUGCCUCUCAAUCUAUAUAUCCCUACAUCAAUCAACUUGUCAGUGAGUUGGACAUCACUGGCGGCGAUGAGCGGAAAGUUGGGUAUUAUGCGGGGCUGAUCGAGUCUAUUUUUUUUGCCACUCAGGCACUGACCAUCUUGCAAUGGAGCCGUACUUCGGACCGUGUUGGACGUAAACCUGUUCUCUUAUUAGGAAUCUUCGGACUCUCUCUGUCAAUGAUUUGUUUUGGGUUAUCCAGGACAUUGUCGGGGCUGAUUGUCAGUCGUUGCAUCACUGGUGCCUUGAAUGGUAACAUCGGAGUCAUGAAGAGCAUGAUGGGCGAACUCACUGACUCCACCAACAUGGCGCAGGGUUUCGCCCUGAUGCCUAUUGCGUUUUCAUUCGGCGCUACUAUUGGUCCUAUGAUCGGCGGAGCUCUAGAACACCCUCAACGGCAUUUUCCUAAUAUAUUCCCUGGUGCAUUCUGGUCACAGUUCCCGUACUUCCUGCCUAGCGGCAUUGCUGCAGCAUUCUCGGUUAUAUGUUUCCUGACGAUUCUAUUCUUCUUAAAAGAGACUCUGCCCAGACAACAGACACAAGAGAAAUCCAUGUCUGCUCUCGAUGGCGAGGCCCUCAACGUUCCCCAAAAUGCCGUCGGAGAUUCACCUGUGUCAAUCCGGUCGCUCUUCGUACCGUCCGUAUUGAUCCCUGUCGUUAACUAUGGCUGCAUCGCCACAUUUGAAAUGGCUAUGUUUGCACUUCAGCCUCUCUUUUAUUCCACACCAAUCGAACUGGGAGGCCUCGGAUUUGAUCCUAGCACUAUCGGUCUAUGGAUGGGAAUGUUCGGCAUUGUAAACGGUGUCUUGCAGACGAUAACUUUCGCACCAUUGAUAAACAGAUUCGGUGCCAAGACCGUUUUCCAGUUUUGCGCAGGAACUUUUAUUCCUAUCAUCGCCCUAUUCCCGAUCACCAACAUCGUUGCGCGCCAAUAUGGAAUCAACUGGCUUGUUUGGUUUUUACUCACGUGUUCGCUGCUACUGGGUGUUUUCAUGGAUAUGUCGUUUGGUUGUAUACUGAUGUUCAUUACCGCAGCAGCUCCAAAUAAACGGUCUUUAGGGGCCACCAAUGGGCUUGCGCAAAUGACAGCAUCCAUCGUUCGAGCCAUUACCCCCGCCACGGCCACAUCCAUGUUUGCAUACACUAUCCAGCACAAGCUCAUGGGCGGUUACGCCGUGUAUGCUGUUCUCAUCACUGCGAGUAUCUUUGCUUUGAGAAUUACUACCAAACUUCCGGGAAGUCCUGGAAAAAGGGCAUGAUUUACGACACCAUCUUACGACACAUUCAUAUCAAUGUCAUGAUUUCAAGGUUUACUUUGAGUUGCCGUAUACUUCUCCUAUCCACAAAAUUAAAUAACAAAGUAGG